AUGUGUUCAGAACCAUCAGAUGCAAUGAUCAAGACUUACGUGUCAUCGUCACUACCGUCUAAUGAUGACUUGGACGAUCAUUCGGCUAUGCUUAAGGUCGUACACGAUGUCACUGCACCAUCAGAAUGGGAUGAUGUGAUGCGUUCCAAACUCCCGGUGAUGGUUUUGUUCACAAACAAGAGGUGUGGAGUGAAAUGUGAGAGCGUACGCAACAUACUGAGCAGACUGGACUUGAUUUUCGAGGAUACGGUCAAAUUCUACACAGUCAACACUGACGAGCAACGAUUUAUCCCACCAUAUUAUGAAAUUGAUGUAUACUCUCUCCCGACCAGCGUUGUCUACAAAGACGGAUGGGAAAUGGAGAGAGUAAUCGAUGAAGAUGAUCCUUCGUUGUUAGAAAAACUUGCGCGUAAAUAUAUCUGA